AUGGCGGACCUCCACCGCCAGUUGCAGGAGUACCUGGCGCAGGGGAAAGGGGGCGGCCCGGCGGCCGCGGAGCCGCUGCUCGCGCGGAAGGCGGAGGAGCCCGGGGACGGGCCGGCGGGGGCGUGGCUGGGCCGCGCGGGCCUACCCUGGACCUGGGCGCGGAGCCCUGGGGAGUCGGGUGGCUGCGGCCCGGCGUGCCUGCCCAGCGUGACGCGCGGGCAGCGGCUGGCGGCGGGCGGCGGGUGCCUGCUGCUGGCGGCACUCUGUUUCGGCCUGGCCGCGCUCUACGCGCCGGUGCUGCUGCUGCGCGCGCGCAAGUUCGCGCUGCUCUGGUCGCUGGGCUCGGCGCUGGCGCUGGCGGGAGGCGCGCUGCUGCGGGGCGGCGCGGCGUGCGGGCGGCUGCUGCGCUGCGAAGAAGCGCCGUCCCGGCCCGCGCUGCUCUACACGGCAGCGCUGGGCGCCACGCUGUUCGCCGCGCUGGGCCUGCGCAGCACGCUGCUCACGGUGCUGGGCGCGGGCGCGCAGGUAGCCGCGCUGCUGGCCGCGCUGGUCGGGCUGCUGCCCUGGGGCGGCACCGCGCUGCGCCUCGGCUGGGUCGCCCUGGGCCGCGGCGCCGGCCUCACCAAGGUGCUGCCCGUGUGA